UUCCCACGCUUCCUACGACUCCGCGGCUCGCAGCUCCACGACCCUGCAGCAUGACCGUCAAGAAGAUCGCGAUCUUCGGCGCCACUGGCAGAACCGGACUCACCACCCUUGCGCAGGCUGUGCAAGCAGGUUAUGAAGUGACCGUGCUGGUGCGGAAUGCCUCCAGGCUGCCCUCUGAAGGACCCCAGCCCGCCCAUGUCAUCGUGGGCGAUGUUCGGAAAGCUGCCGAUGUGGACAAGACCGUGGCUGGGCAGGACGCCAUUGUCGUGCUGUUGGGCACUGGCAAUGACCUUAGUCCCACCACAGUGAUGUCCGAGGGCGCCCAGAACAUCGUGGCGGCCAUGAAGGCUCAUGGUGUGGAAAAGGUCGUGGCCUGCACCUCGGCCUUUCUGCUAUGGGAUCCAGCCAAGGUGCCGCCAAGACUGCAGGACGUGACCAAUGACCACAUUCGGAUGCACAAGGUGUUGCAAGAAUCAGGCCUGAAGUAUGUUGCUGUGAUGCCACCCCAUAUAGGGGACCAGCCACUGACUGGGGCCUACUCAGUGUCCUUGGAUGGACGCGGCCCCUCUAGAGUCAUCUCCAAACAUGACCUGGGCCACUUCAUGCUGAGCUGUCUCACCACCGACAAGUAUGAUGGCCACAGCACCUAUCCCUCCCACCAAUACGACUAG